UCAAAACUUUUAGAAACAACAAAUAAAUAAUGGUUAAUCCAAAAGGUUAUCGUCGUGGAACUCGUUAUAUGUUUGCUCGACCUUUCCGUCGACAUGGAAUUGAGCCACUCUCUACAUUCUAUAGAGUUUAUAAGCGUGGAGACAUUGUUACUGUUAAGGGAAAUGGAGCUUUUCAGAAGGGAAUGCCUCAUAAAGCAUAUCAUGGAAAAACAGGCAAAGUUUUCAACGUGACUAAACACGCGCUCGGCGUUAUCGUCAACAAACGUGUUAGAAAUCGCAUCAUUCCCAAGCGGAUUAAUGUUCGUGUGGAGCAUGUUAAGCCGUCUGGUUCGCGUUCUGAGUUUUUGAAGCGAUGCAAGGAGAAUGACCAACAAAAGCGUGAUUUUAAAGAAGGAAAGGCUAAAUUUGUUCCGCUUAAACGUAAACCGCAAGAGCCACGUAGUGCACAUCUGGUAAAAGUGCGAAAAGCUUUGCAAAUUGAAAUGUUGGCUCCUGUCAGAUUCGAAAUUGUUGCUUAGAAAGAUGAGGGCAUGAAUAAUCACAAGAUUUACGUUUAUUUUGUGUUUUGUUGCCUUUUUC